GCUUUGACUUUUCUGGACUACUUCAUCAUCCCAUCGGCUAAACAGACUGGGUCGAGGUUGCCUAAGUUAACUGUGGAACAUUGUUGACUGCGGCGGCUCGCCACACUUCACCUUGGUAUUUUUUCGUUUUUCCUUUUUCCACCGGAGGACAUCUGGCUCCAUCCGGACGAUUUAAGUUAUUGGAAUGAACAUUUGAACUGCUGGGACAUUGGGGGUUUGGAGGGUGAACUGAAUGUAUGUCGGAAACGGUGAUAAUGUCUGUAAUGUUGGUUUGAUGCGUCGGAGUGCGGCCGAGCCUCCAGCGCCUAAUAUCCCGCCGUGGUGUAACCCAGAUAGCAGCUGACUCUGGGCCGAAUCCGCCUUCAAACCGGCAGAUCCGUGUAACAGUCCCGUUUUACUGCCCAGUUCCAGAUACGGCCCGCAUGUAGGAGUGGGCGUGAGCAUCCAUCAGUCGGCGGAAUCAUAAUAGUUCUGGCCCGGACUCGUCGGAACGAGCACGCGAAUUGUUUCAUUUUUUUUUCUUUCGAACCGGUUCAUACCGGACCAGAAGUCAGUCAGCGGAAUCGUAGUUGUUCUGGCCCGGACUCGUCGGAACGAGCGCGCAAACUGUUUCAUUCUUUGGAUCAGUUCGGACUGGAAGCUUUGUGGAAAGAGUUUAUAACGGUUCAAUCUUUUCUUCACCCCUGGCUGAGAGCCCGGGAUUAAUAGGCUCGACUCAACAAGGCUGGUCCGUGCCGGCACACUGCCUCCCUGUCUGUGGUGAGACCGCACUGGGUGACAUUCUGUAGUGCUCCUCUGCUUCCUGCGUCCAUGUCUCUGCACACUGACAGAAAUAAGCGGUUCAUUUUUAAAGAGGAGAAUCGUCCUCCGAGCAGACGGACACCUGUCUGUCUGUCUGUCCUCUCUUCCCGUCUUGGAGCACCGGACCAUCACACCGGGACUCUCUCGGCUGCUGAACGCGGCUGAGAGCGCACGGAGGACGGGGGAAGGGUCGGAGUGAAGCCUGGAUCUACUGAUUGAUUGGCUGCAUCGAUGGAUGCGCGGUGUCACGUCUCACCUUGGGAGAGUUCAGCCUGCGAUGCCGGGCCCCUGAGCCCUGACCCCUCUGAGAGACCCCUCUGAGAAGGAGGAGCGACCAGCAGAGCUCUGAGGAAGGAUGGAGAGAGGAGAGGAGGAGGAGAGCCGAGGAGAAGAGGCUUCAACCUCCUCCAAACGGGGGAGAGCCUCGCCCAGAGGAGGAGGAGACGCCUGUAGACAAAAUGGCCUCAUCAACACACACAUGCUGGGGGCGGAGCCUCGGGAGGCGCUGCUGUUGGUGUACUCAGCUCCUCAGUAUCAGGGUCAUGUGGUGGUGAACGCCCCCCCGCAGCAGGAGAGGAGCGGUGGAGGAGGAGGUGGGGGACCUCCUCAGCUCCUGAACCCCAGCGCUCUCCUCCAUCAGCAGGCGGUGUUGGACCCCCGCCUCAGGACAACCCCCGGCCUCCUCCUCUGCCCAGAGAACGUCCUGCGGGCGUGGGGGGAGGCCGGGGGAGGCGACUGCUGUGAGACCACCUUCAUCGAGGGGCUCGGUCCUGACGCCUCCUCCCCAGCAGCCUCCUCCUCCACAAAGGAGGCCCUGCUGUUCGCCGACGGGAAGUUUCUGGACUUUUCUGGAGAGGACGCAAAGAUUCACACGCUGUCGUACGACAUCGACGACGACGAGUUCCAGGAGUUGGAGAGUGAUUACUCCAGCGAAUCAGAGAGCGAGGAUACCUUCCUGUUGAUGCCUCCCAGAGAUCACCUGGGCCUCAGUGUCUUCUCCAUGCUCUGCUGCUUCUGGCCGCUUGGCAUCGCCGCCUUCUACCUGUCUCACGAGCAACUCCACACCUCCAGCUCCGAAAGGAACAGGGCCGGUUGCCAAUGACAACGCUUCCCACACUGCAAUCCUUCACUGAACAGCAGAAAGCUCUGCAGCAGGAGGA